UUAGUUCCAACUACUACAACGACGACUACGACAACCACGACACCAGCUCCAACAACUACAACGACCACAACGACUACAACGACUACGACAACUACGACGACGACACCAGCACCAACUACAACAGUUGCUUCAGUUGCUACCAUGGGGUCUGGUUCCGAUACCUCAUCCGAUACUGGUUUACCGACUGUUCCCGGAUUACCUCCCGUAACAAUACCACCGGUAACGAUACCUCCGGUGCUACCACCAUUAACGAUACCACCGGUAACGAUACCUCCGGUGCUACCUCCUGUCACUCUACCACCCGUGACGAUACCUCCUGUGUUACCAGCGUUAACGCUACCCCCGGUAACACUACCACCCGUAACGAUCCCUCCUGUGCUACCUCCGUUGACGUUACCACCCGUAACGCUACCACCGGUUUUACCCCCGAUAGCUGGCCUGACCCUUCCUCCCAUCUUACCAACUGUACCGAACUUGAUUGCCACUAUGCCUCCUGGCGGUGGUCACCCAACGGUACCGUACCAUAGCGGCGGAGGUUAUCCAACAAUACCGUAUGCGGUAUCCGGCCAUAAACCAGCAGGACAUUACCUUCCGGUUGGGAAAUAGUUUGCACUAAGACUGACAAAGACACUGUUGUGUAGUUUUAAGAUUUCCGUU